UUUUACAUGCAUUGCUCUCUGAUAAUCUUCAUAGUUAGAACCGUGCGGCCAUUGUGGGACCACCACUGUUCAACCACACAACAGUGGCCAGUGGGGUCUCCUUCAGAAAUCAGAAAGAAGAUGCGAGUCCAACCGGCGCCAAAUAAAGUUCUUUCAUAUUCUUUGUUUUCAAACCAAAGGCUAGUCAGAAUGUAUAUUGCUACAUUUCAAAUGAAAUUACAUUAAUUUUUUGGCCUUUAUUUGACCGACUUGAUAGCUGCAUAUAUUACGGACGGACUUUUUCACGCAGCCAGCAAAGUUGGUAAGUUGACUUGACUAAAUCUUACCCAUUGCCAAAUUAUUUUACUCUAUUGGAUAAGCCGGCCAGUAUAUAUAUAUAUAUAUAUAUGUAUGGAAGAGCUACUUGAGAUUAUGUAAAUAUCAUUGCCAAGGAUUCUUAACUCCUACACGAUGGUUGCCCGAAUUUUAGUUUUUCUUGUAUUUGCUGUUGCUAUUGCAUCAGUAGAUUGCAACUCAGAAGGGGAAGCCCUUCAUGCCUGGAAAACCAAAUUGGUAGACCCUAACGGUGUCCUUCAGAGCUGGGAUCCAACGUUGGUUAAUCCAUGCACCUGGUAUCACGUUACUUGCAACGGUGAUAAUAGCGUCACAAGGGUUUUCAUGACAUGUUUCACAAUUGAAGGGACCUCGGCACUUUCGGGAAUUCUUGUCCCUCAGCUUGGAGCCUUGUCUAAUCUUCAAUAUUUGGAGGUAUACGGAAAUAACAUAAGUGGAGUCAUACCAACGGGUAUUGGUAACCUAACGAGACUGAUUAGCUUGGACCUGUACCAGAAUCAUCUCUCUGGGGUCAUUCCAUCAUCUCUUGGAAACUUGGUCUCCUUAAGGUUUUUGAGAUUGAACAGUAACAAGCUUAGUGGCGUAAUACCAGCAGAGGUCCUUCAGCUUGUUAGAUGGGGGAAUUUGAUGAUUUUGAAUGUAUCAGACAACCAGCUGGUAGGGAGUGCCCACCGCACAAACACAAGAAGAUUUGCAGUUACUAAAAUAAUACAAGAUUCAAGAGCUCGGAAGUAAAUGGCCAUGGCCAGGUAGCAUGCAGCUUUGGAAUAAAUUUGUAAUUUUUGAAGCCCAAUGUUCAUGCCAAUAAACCUCUCUACACAGAGGGCCAUUAUUUAUGUCAGUAAACCUACAUACUGAUUUGUAGCUCUUUUAUAGCUCCGACAUAUAUGCUUUGUUGAGUA